CAACAUAUGCCUAACAAACCUCAUCGUUGGGGUUAUAAAAUGUUUCUUUUAGCUGGUGGUGAAAGUGGCAUUUGUUAUGAUUUUCUUUUCUAUGUAGGUAAAUCUGAUAUUGAUAGACAGGAACAAGGUUUUUGUACAAAAGUUGUUCUUGAAUUAUGUGAAACUGUACCAUGUUCUACCAACCAUAAACGUUUUUUUGAUAACUAUUUUACAACAAUUAAACUUCAAGUUGAGUUGAAAAAGUUGGUAUUUAUUCCGUAG